AUGUCGGGCCGGAGGCGGACAGCUGUCUCCGGUUUGUGGAGGACCGACGUCAGUGUUUGUGCUGGUGUUCAGGGGAAGAUGGCGGAGGCUGCGGCUGUUCCCCCGCAUCGGUUUUUCUGUCAUUGUUGUAAGGGAGAAGUAAACCCCAAACUCCCGGAGUACAUCUGUCCAAGAUGUGAUUCGGGGUUUAUAGAGGAAGUAACAGAAGACUCUAGUCUCCUAGAGGGUGGCGCUAACGGGAUAGAUGACACAGCCACACAGUUUGCAGAGCUAUGGCACCUGCUGUUACUGGAGCGGCCGUUUACAAUAGACAGCGACAACCCUGACUCAGACUCCCAGCUCCCUAGAGGGCGCCUGGGAGGUCUCAGUGACCUCGGAGGGUUGGGAGGUGGACCAAUCGGGGGCUCAGUCCCAGCAGGUCUAGGGGGACCCAUCGGGGGUCUACUAGGAGCUGGGGAACACUGGGGACCAGGACGUCCCCCUCGCCUGCACAGCCAGAGGAGAUACCGGUCCAGAGGCAGCACUAGGCCCGACCGCUCGCCCGCUGUCGAAGGCAUUGUACAACAGUUUCUUGCCGGUCUCUUCGCUAAUUCUGGAGUCCCCGGCUCACCUCCCCUCUCAUGGACGGGAAUGCUGCAUUCAAACCCAGGGGAUUACGCCUGGGGGCAGGGAGGGUUAGACGCAGUGAUAACACAGUUACUAGGUCAGUUGGAGAACACAGGACCUCCUCCAGCAGAGAAAGAGAGGAUCUCUUCUCUUCCAACUGUUAAUAUCUCUCAGGAACAAGCAGACUGCUGUAUGGAAUGUCCGGUGUGCAAAGAGGACUUUGUGGUGGGAGAGCCUGUCAGACAGCUACCCUGUAACCACUUCUUUCAUUCAGACUGUAUAAUACCAUGGCUGGAAAUGCAUGACACAUGUCCAGUGUGUAGGAAGAGUUUGAAUGGAGAAGACAGCAGCAGCCAGCCCCCGUCAGAGUCCCCCACCCUCUCCAUGGACCCUCGCACACAGGAGAGAUGGUCCUUCUGAGACGCCCACCUGUCUCAUCCCACUGUUCUCCUCGCCCACAUCCAAUGACACACAGAGAAGACAAAACGCUUCUCACUUUCCUCUGUUGCAGUCAUAAUCAUCUCAGUUAGAUUUUUUUUUGUAUUUUUAUUUUCUGUUUUAAUGCCUUUCUCCUGAUCCAUUUACACAGACACCCAUACAGACGUCUUUUUUUUUUUGCCUAAUAACAAACCAGCCUCCAUUGAUGAUCAAGCCCAUGUCUUCUCAACUUCCAUCUCUCAAGCCAACUCUUUUUCCAUCUUUUCUGGAAAUGCACUGCUGCAAUACACUAUUGUGGAGAAAUGCCAGACUUUAUAUCAUGUACGUUCCCUCUUCACUUGCCCGAUGAUUCGCUGAAACCUGCAACUGAGCCCUGUAGGGGUUACUUUCACUCUUAGCAUUUACAGGGGCUGAAUGUGAAAACAUGAACACCUUAAUAUAAGAGCCCUGCAAUAAAUGUAAUAUUUAUGAAGGGUGUAAUGGUCAUUUUUUGUUGAGAUUGUGUCAGAUAGAUUUUGAUUGAUCUCUAAGGUUAUUUAUUAUAGUGGCAUUUACAUUGGAUUACACUGUAAUGGGUGUUCAUGGUAUUGCAUCCACCCUCUGUAGUGUACUUCAAUUAAAGAAUGCAAUUGAGUAUUUUAUAGGAAUAAUGUUGAGUUGCUGCUGUUUAAUGGUCACCUAUGAGGGCUGUGACAUCACAUGAAAGCAAGGGAUUCCCUACAUUUUUCGGGUCUCAUCUGCAUCUCAAAAAAUAUUAAAUGUUGCACCAGUAAGGGAAAAUUCAAAUCUUCUGAGCUCGGCCCAUUAUCUAACGCUUUAGAUUUCAUUGUACUCCUCUUGGUGUAUAUAUUAUAGACAGAUGACAUCCCUGUGUCAUUUUAUUCCUCUGUUGAUGACUUGUAUUUUGUUUCACAUUUUUAUCACUUUUUUUAAUGUAAAUAAUUUUAGUCCAACAACUUAUGGUUUGCAAAGGAAAAAAAUGAGAAUGGAGACAAAUGUGAAAUACCUGGUUAUGAAACUGUAUAUUAUAUAUAUGAAAAAAAUGUCUAUGAUGUAUUAAUAAAUUGACAAA